AAGACCGCGUCAAAGUCGUUUAUGCUCGUUGCACUGUCUGAUAGUAAAGCAGUGAUUGCGGGGAGUGGAAAGAUCGUUCACAAACAUAAACAUUUUAAGGGAAGAGAGGGAACGCAAAGAAGAGUCUAACCAGAUUGGAAGAGAAGAAUUUCCAAUAUUUUAUUGUGUGCGUUACGGGAGUUCCAACUUGAGCUUUGUUGCGGUCGUUUUGUCACACGCAUCGUGAAUUAGUUGAAACCUAGCAGACGACGCGGUAGCAGCAGAAAAGUAGUAAAUUGUUUACUAGUACGUUAUUAGUUCUAUUUACGUAAUUUAUCCCGAAGAAGUAACAAGAAAAGUGUAAUCAAUGGCUCAAUACGUGACGCAAAUUUUAAGAUGUACAGUAAAAACAAUAGCCUCUACUCAUGGUAAACAAAUGUUCAAUAGUGGUGUUUCCCUAAGAUCAAAGAUAUUCUUAUCACGAGGAAUAAGCACAACGCGGUGUAUGUCCAGUACCGAGAGAUGGUAUACAGACAAACACGAAUGGGUAGAAAUUAAUGGUAAAGUCGGUACCAUUGGGAUUUCACACUAUGCUCAAGAUGCCCUCGGCGACGUCGUCUAUGCACAGCUUCCAGAUGUUGGCAGUUCCAUAAGUCAGGAAGACGAAUGUGGAGCAUUGGAGUCUGUAAAAGCAGCAUCGGAACUAUAUAGCCCAGUGUCUGGCAAAGUAGUGGAAAAAAAUGAGGCAGUUGAAAGUAGUCCUGGUUUAAUCAAUUCUUCCUGCUAUGAAAAGGGCUGGCUUUUCAAAGUUGAACUGACUAACCCAGACGAGAUUAAGAAAUUGAUGGAUGAAAAGACAUACGAUCAAUUCCUGAAAACAGAUAGCCAUUAAAUAAGAAUGUGUACAAAUAAAUCGUAAAUGGUAAUCUGGGUAAUCCGACUCUCAAUUCACCAAUUCAAUCCGUAAAGCAUAGCUGUGUGAAAGACUGGCUUUCAGAAGUUUACGUCAGCAGCCCAAGCCUGAUAGUGUUAAAUGUUUGUUGGCUCACUGACGAGUUAUACAUUAUUUUAAGAACUGAAGCGCCAGAUCCAACGAUAAUACUAAUGUUGAGUCUGAGAAGGUACAAUUGUAUGUUAAUAAUAAAGAUAUAUUUACAAUCAA